AUUUGCAUCUGAUCUGGUUACUUUAGUGGUCAGAUUUGUAAGAGAGUCCAUUGAUCCGUCGAGUAAAUUAAGCAAAGAUGGGAGGAGGAGAACAUGGCGGGCAUGUGCAUGGAUCAGAGGAUUUUAGGACGAAGGUGUGGAGCAUGUCAGGUGGGCCGAAUUGCCGGCCCAAGCACUGGCGUCACAACACUGCGAUUGCCAUGUUCGGCGUUUUCCUCAUCUGUAUCCCCAUAGCCAUGAAAUCCGCCGAGCUUGAGCAACGACCUCAUCAGCCUGUUCGACCAAUUCCUUCACAGCUCUGGUGCAAUAACUUUGGAAAAAAAAGACUAUUAUGUCCACCUGCCCUUGUUGAAGAAGUAUAAAUGUUGGUUCAAAGCAACAUAUGGGCGGCAGUUUAACAAACAUGCAAUUGUUUAUUGCAGUGGAUUUGGUAAAAUUUCUUAUGAUUUGAAUAUGAG